AGCUCAACAGAGGCAUAACUCGAGAAGCAAAAAUGGCUACUUCUAUCAUGACGGCUGCUAAUCCCACUAAAACCCCAUUAACUCUUUCAAACCCACAAUCUUCUUAUCUUCCAAACCUCCGUUCAAAUCAUCGUAUAAUAUCUUACUCAAAUCAAGCAAUCACUUUUCCAAGACUAUCUCUCAGUAUCACCAAUAAACCCCAAUUCCCAAACUUUAGGGUUUCUGCUUCAUCAUCAUCAUCAACAGCUUGUCCUCUUGUUCUCCCAAAAUCAAACCCUGAUAAACCCAAUACUCUUCUGUCCGAUUCAAUCACAUCAAUUUUUGCAAUUGGUUUAUCAUUAUCGAGAAUCUUUCAAGGGGUUCUGAACAAGGCAGCAGCAACACCAGAAUUGGGGAGGAAUUUGGUUAAUACAGCUGGUCCAUUGUUUUUUGCUGCGAUUAAGGAAAGACCCAGAGGUUAUUUGAAUACGCCAUUGACUGUGGUUGCUUCUGGUAUGUCAAAAUGGCUUGAUAUUUACAGUGGGGUUUUGAUGGUUAGGGUGUUGCUCAGUUGGUUUCCUAAUAUUCCAUGGGAUCGUCAACCACUGAGUGCGAUUAGGGAUUUGUGUGAUCCCUAUUUGAAUUUGUUUCGGAAUAUAAUUCCACCGAUUUUUGAUACAUUGGAUGUUAGUCCGUUGCUUGCUUUUGCUGUUUUGGGUGUUUUGGGAUCAAUUCUUAAUAACAGCAGGGGAAUGUACUGAUUGGUGAAGUGAUGAUAGCUUUGGGGUUUUCUUAUGGUUUAUACAUCUGGGGCAGCGUUGAAUUGGAGUAAGUUCUGCUGCUUUUAAGUUUUAUGUUUCGUUUGCUAUUAGUGCUGUAAUAGUUGAUUUUGCUGAAUAUAGUACUGAUUAUCUUAUCUGAAUAUAUAUGAAUGCUGAAAUUUUGUGAAAGAUAAAGUCAAUUCUGGGUUAUGCAUUUCAUUUCUUGUUCUUAA